AUGGGUCACCCAGAAAUAUUCCAAAAAGAGCUAGAGACUGCCUUUGGAGCCCUUCGCCAAGCCUCCAAACUAAGUCAGCUCAUCAUCGCCUCCCAGGAUAAAGGAACCAUCACAAAGGACGACUUUAGCCCGGUCACCAUCGCCGACUUUGCCAUCCAGGCUCUCCUUAUUUGCACCUUUAAAGAUGCAUUUCCCGAAGAUACCUUUGUAGGAGAAGAGGAUGCUGCAGAUUUGCGGGCCAACGAGGCAUUAAUGAGCCGUGUCUGGGACCUUCUCAAUACCAUUGCCCAGGACGAAGACACUCAGAAGGGCGCCUGCAAGCUACCCCAGACCAAAGAUCAGAUGUGCGAUCUGAUUGAUCAGGCGGGCACGAGCCAUUCAGGGGGGGCGGGGACUGGCAGGGUCUGGGUCUUUGAUCCGAUUGAUGGCACCAAGACGUAUCUGAGGGGCGAGCUGUAUGCCAUCAACAUUGGCCUGAUUGUCGACGGCAAGCAGACUCUGGGAGUUGUUGGAUGUCCGAAUCUGUCGUUGAAUCACAAGGGCCCCCUGCGCAACAGCGAUAUUGAUCCUGAAGGCAAGGGCUGCAUCGUGUAUGCCAUCAAGGGCCACGGCGCAUUUGCGAGAUCUUUGCAUGAUGGGUCCCAAGAUGCCGUACAGUUGCCGAAACAGUCCGCAACGCAGGAACUCAGCUUCGUUACAUGUAUUGGUCUUGUUGAUUCAGCUCUCGACGGCGUUCAUGAAGUAGUUGCUGAGCGUCUGGGAGUCUCUUUUCCAGGAAGCGAUCUCGUGCCCUGGGUCCUUCGCUGGGCGGCCAUGGCUCUUGGUAUUGGCAACACGACUGUGUGGGUUUACAAGCGCCGCGAUCGAUUUGCAAAGUCUUGGGAUCAUUCUGGUGCCAUGCUUCUCUUUGAAGAGACUGGCGGCAAGAUUACAGAUGUGCAUGGCAAAGACAUUGAUCUGUCGGCUGGAAGGAAGCUGAGUGCCAACUUUGGGUUUGUGGCUGCGCCGGUAGCGGUCCAUGAUAAAGUACUCAAGGCUGUGCAUGAUGUGUUGAAAGAGCAAGGAAGAGAUGCAUUUUUGCAAUAA